ACUGCCGCCAUCUUGGCAGUUGCGCAAGGCGGAGAAAUCUGCCUUCGGACAAUUUUUCCCGCGUUAUUUCUAUUUUUGGCGCUUUCAUGCUAAAAACCAUUAUCUCACCUUGUGCAAUAUCUACCAAAGCACCUGCAAGUUGCUUCACAACCACCUUUCGAGAGGACUAAGAGCGCUUCGAACGUUUUUUUCGAGGUUUGUUACCAUCCACCCUCCCCUUUCGCACCGGCUACAAGUGCGAACACAGCAAAUUUUGUACAUACUUUUGAUUAUACCAAUUUGUAUAAAUCGACAGCGUUUGUAGAUAUUUUGUAUAGAUUUUAAAGUGUAUAUAUUGAAGAUAAACUCUACGGAAAACGAUGGAAGGAUCAGGGAUAGCUGUUCUAGAGCCAAAUUCGGUUACUGGGCCUGUACCGGCUCCGGUACCAACUACAAACGCUUGGGGGAAAGCUUCGAGUUCUAGUCCAUGGAAGACUUGUCAAGCGCCGGCCCCUUGUUCACUUGAGGAUGUCAUGAGCGAAGAACUGGCCAAGGAACUACAAGAGGAAGAGAAGGAGACUUUCCAGAAGCUAACUGCUGGCAGUGGACCAGACUUCCUGGCUGCCCAAACAGAUGACCUUGACGUCAGUGAUGACCUUCUGCUGGCCCAGAUGUUACAGCGGGAGUUUGACCUUGAACAUGACCAGAUGCUGCGCAUGGAGGAGAAGAAGGUCAACGGAGACAGCAGAGUGACCAUCUCGUUUGAGAACUACCGAAUGGUUCACCCGGCAGAGACAGAGGACAGCAGUGGCAGUGAUGAGGACCUGGACACACCAGAGGAUGCCUGGGAACAGGACACCCCAGCGACUGUGCCCAAGCGAGGGUACACAGGCCGGGGACAGAACAUGGUCACCAAACAUGACGCCAAGAUCUGUGGGCAGAAAAACUCUGCUAGGAUGAUGCAGUUCCCCCCAGACUUCCACAGUGGAGACAGUGUAGGCAUGGUUCUACCCAACCAUGUGUACAACACACUGAAAGUCCACUCCUACAAGGAAGACCAUCGCAGCCACAGGGUUCAUGAUAAGAAGGAGAUCUCAACAGCUGAACAAGCCAUUGACCCCAAAACCCGUCUGCUGCUGUACAAGUUGGUGAAUGCUGAGAUCCUGGAGUGCAUCAACGGCAGCAUCAGUACUGGGAAGGAGGCCUGUGUGUUUCAUGCCUUCGGUGGCAAAAUGGGUGACCUCCUGGUUCCCAACGAAUGUGCCAUCAAGGUGUUCAAGACGACGCUGAACGAGUUUCGCACACGAGAUCGCUACAUCAAGGAGGACUUCCGCUUCAAGGAUCGCUUCAGUAAACUCAACCCCCGCAAAAUCAUCAAGUUGUGGGCAGAGAAGGAGAUGCACAACCUCAACAGAAUGCGUCGUGCAGGCAUCCCGUGCCCGGAAGUUGUCCUGCUGAGGAAGCACAUCCUGGUGAUGUCAUUCAUCGGUCAGAACCAGCAGCCGGCCAAGAAACUCAAGGACAUCCAACUGUCAGCUGACCAGUGGCAGCAGGCCUACGCUCAGUGUCUGGAUUUGAUGUGCAGAAUGUACCGUGACUGCCACCUCAUCCAUGCAGACCUGAGUGAGUACAACAUGCUGUGGCACAAUGGACAGAUCUGGUUCAUCGACGUGAGCCAAUCCGUGGAGCCGCAGCAUCCACACGCACUCGAGUUCCUGUACAGGGACUGUCGCAAUGUCUACCAGUUCUUCACCAGUAAGGGAGUACCCAACGUACUGCGGCCGCAUGAACUGUUCAACAAAGUGUCAGACAUGGACAUAAAGGCUGGGGAGGACAAGGACUGUUUGGCACAGAUCCAGACCUAUGAGAAAAAGGAAGAGUACCUCAGCCAGGGGAUGUCUCGUGAAAACUUCGCCUUCGACUACUUCUUCGAGCGCUCAAAGCUCCAACAAGAAGCACAAAAGGCAAAAGAAGACGGAAACUCAGAGGAUGACAAUGAUGAAACAUAGCAACGCAUGAUGACAUUAUUGACUAGAAAACUGUCAGUAGAACUGUCAAAAUAGACUCAUGUUGCAGAAUGUUUUAUCAAAUAUAAUGUAAUUCAGGUCUUCUUUCAUAUGUGUAGAAACCUGUAGUUUGCUGUAUGAUUUAUUAUUAUUAUUUGGACAGAAUUGCAACAAGAAUUGUAUUAUUUGAUAUCUUGUGUGCAAGUAUACAUAUAGUGACAAAUAGAUGGAGGAAAGUAUAUGGAGUUUAAGUUAAGUAUGAUCCUAUGUUUAUGUCUACAUGCGGCCUCAUAAUGAAAAUGUAAGCACUGUAUUUAAAGCACUGCCUUUUCUUUACCGAAAGAAGGCAUUGAUUGUGCAAAGUCAAAAGUUUCUACAUGUAAGUAGUUCCAAAAUCAGUGUAGCACAAUAUACCAAAUCACCAUAAGCCAAGAAAAUGUACAAAGUUUUGGCAGACCAUGAAUACAUGCUGUAUACAAAAGUGUGAAUCAAUUUUAUAUCAGUCUUCAUGCAUACGUUAAUUGGAAAGUAAAAUCUUAAUUUAUGUUUCCACAUUUUAGUUGGGAAAGCCAAUUGUGACAAAGAAGUAAUUUUCCCAACAUCUGCUUAGAGAUACAUGUGUAAGAUUGUGUUCUUUAGUUUGAUUUAGCUUUGCUCUGCAACUAUCAACAGACAAUGCCUUGUACAGAGCUGUACUUACUAAAGAAAAAAGAACAGACGAAAAACUGAUUGAACAAAGUUC